GCGUGCACGCCUGUCAAGGUAACUUAGACAAGUUUCAUGCCUCCUCCAGGAAACUUCAGCGCCCUUACUCGGGCACAGUAUGCACUCUACAGCUGGCUCUGCAGUCUCCCUGCGAUAACCGGGGUGACUCGAGCGAUGAUGCCUUUUCGCGCAGUCCUCGGGCGGUGUGGGGAGACGCCACCCGUCCAAACAGGGUCAAAUAACGCUGGCGCAUCCUUAUCAAGCCGAAGCCCGCGUCGUCAGACACCUUACCGCCGACGACCAUGUCUUUCCUGCUCAACACUCUGCUGGCGGUGUCCCUGGCCGCCUCUGGCCUCGCCAGUCCGCUCUCUACGAUCCCGCACGAGGUCCCGCGCGGCAAUGCGUUCUCGUACGCGCCCCUCGUCGCGGAGCACCACCCGCACGGGUCCGUCAACAACUCCUAUAUCGUCAUGUUCAAGGACGACGUCGCCCCUGUGCUCAUGGCGAACCACAUGAACUUCCUCCAGGGCGUCGAGGAGGAGCACCCGCUCAUGGGCGACCUCGAUGCGGGCCUCCGACAUGUGUAUGACGGACACGUCAAGGGCUACGCCGGCAAGUUCAGCGACAACACUGUUCACCGCAUCCGCCAGAUGCCUGAGGUGGAUUACGUUGAGCGGGACCAGAUCGUUCGGACACUCGAGAUCGACGUGGACAGCACGAGCAUUGAGACACAGAAGGGGGCGCCUUGGGGCCUUGCACGGAUAAGCCACCGCCCCAAGCUCACCUUCGGCACCUUCACGAAGUACGAGUAUGACUCCCACGGUGGCGAAGGUGUUGAUGUCUACGUCAUCGAUACCGGUAUCAACGUCGAGCAUGCCGAAUUCGAGGGUCGUGCGGAAUGGGGCAAGACUGUUCCCCAGAACGACCAGGACAUCGAUGCGAAUGGGCACGGUACGCAUUGCGCAGGCACUAUCGCAUCGCGUAAGUACGGUGUCGCCAAGGCUGCGCAUGUUAUCGCGGUGAAGGUCCUCGGCAGUAACGGCAGUGGCACGAUGAGCGAUGUCAUGGCUGGUGUCGUCUGGACUGUCGAGCAGUCCAUAGCCAAGGCUAAGGCUGCCGCUGAGGAGUUCAGGAAGACCGGCAGGACUGCGCACAAGGGCUCCGUCGCGAACAUGUCCCUUGGUGGUGGCAAGUCCAAGGCUCUUGAUGAUGCCGUCAACCGGGCCGUCGACCGUGGAGUUCACUUCGCUGUUGCAGCUGGCAACGACAACAAGGACGCGUGCAACAACUCACCUGCUGCUGCAGCGAAGGCUGUCACGGUUGGCGCCUCCACACUCGGAGAUGAGCGUGCUUACUUCUCUAACCACGGCCCCUGCGUCGAUGUCUUCGCGCCCGGUCUGAACGUACUCUCGACGUACAUCGGCAGCAACACAGCUGUUGCGUCGCUCUCCGGUACUUCGAUGGCGUCGCCCCACACUGCUGGCAUCCUCGCGUACCUGGUCUCCCUCUACGGCUCAAAGACCUUCAACCCUGACGUCGCGCCCGACUUCUCGACCCUCUUCCAGCAGCGCCCCGCUCGUUCCAUCGGCUCCGCAUACGCUUUCGCGCACUCUGUGCUUCCUAGCUGGGUGGCGACCUUCCUCCCGCCGCUGGAGCUUGUCCUCGACGUCGCGCCCGUGCCGCCGACGAUCACGCCUACGCAGAUGAAGAUUGCGCUGCUUGCGCUCUCGACGGAGGACGCGCUCGAGACCCUGCCAUCGGGCACGCCCAACCUGCUGAUCUUCAACAACGCGACGACGGUGUGAGUCCGUCCCGGGGUUCAGUCGUCUUGCAUUUGUGCAACGUGCACUGUUGCUCUCGUUACGCUACUUCGAUGUACCAUCCAUAACAUCCUGCAAUAGAGGCCACGACAUGUUUGUGGUUACUCGUGUAUCAAUAUAUUGUCAUCGCCCUGGACUUUGUCGUGUUGUGGGUUUCCACCAUCUCGUGCUGAGGUGAACAGAGUUUAGAAUACGCAGGCGAAGAUGAGUACAUUAGCAACGUGCGAUCCAACGUUGGAUUUGAUUCUUUGCGUCAGAUCGUGUGCUACUUACGUUCUACGCAAUGGUCGUGACGA